GACAUUUUGAAGCUCUACAUAUUUUAAAUACUGAUUUUAUGGAAGUAAAGUGUGUGUAUGUAGAUUAUUAUAUUAAGUAUGUGGUACUUCCCUUCAAGUGCUUCGAAUAUUUAAUGUUUCUUCUGUCACUGAUUUAGGUACAGUGUUUUCACGGUCAUAAUGACAGAUCAAGAGGACGUAGAGGUGCGUCGGAGCCUCUUGGGUUCACGGAAUCCUGGUGACGUUGUGGUGUCUAUGGAAGAGCCAGAAAGUGCGUUUGAAGUCCAUGAUACUGGAGGAAUGGAAAAGUGCGGCCCAAAGCAGACGAAUGUAGUCAACAAAUCGAUGGAGGCUCAUCAUGCAGCAGAGGUUGGUGAUGUGGACUCGCUACAGAAGUUGGUGAAAGAACACCCAAAGAAUCAAGCCAUCCGAGACAAGUAUGGCAACACACCACUCCACCUGGCUGCUAAAGGCGGCUACCUUGAAUGUUGUAAAGUUAUUCUGGGGAUCAGUACCAAGGAAGUCAACCUCAAAAACAAAGCUGGAAAUUCCCCACUUCUACUUUCAAUAGCCACAGGGAAAAAAUCUACAGAGAUUACGGAAUUACUCAUUCUCAAUGGCUCAAAGUUAAAUAUGACAAACAAAUGUAAAUGGACAGCCCUGCACAUAGCAUCUGAGAAAGGUAAUGUUAAAACAUUAAAGUUGCUGCUUAAACAUGAUGAUAAAUGUCUUCAAGCUAAGGAACCAGAAGGGAUGACACCUCUGCAUGUAGCGGCCAAAAAUGGUCACUGGAUGAUCUGUAAGGAGCUUGUGGAGGCAGGUGCCAAUAUAGAAGAGAGGGAUAGUUACGGCUCGACACCACUUCACUGGGCUGCAAAAAUGGGAUUUACUGAAUGUUGUAGGAAGCUGCUGGAGCACAACGCUUCUAUUAAUAGUGAAAACAGUAUAGGUAACACCCCCCUUCAUUUAUUAUAUGCAUCUGGCAAGGAAAAACCAGAUUGUGCCAGGUUAUUAAUUGAAUACGGAGCUGAUGUUAAUGCCCAAAAUAAAAAAGAUAAGACUCCAUUUCAUCUUUCCUUUCGUUCAUCAAUCGAAAUGACAAAGAUUCUCUCAGAUGCAGACGUUAAAUUGCAACUGACUGACUGUAAUGGCAGGACUGCUUUGCAUUAUGCUGCUGAAAGGCCGCCUUCUGAUUAUGUUAAGUUUGUUAUGAACAAGAAAAAUUCAAAGGAAAUAGUUAAUAUAUUAGAUAAGCAAGAAAAAACAGCUCUACACAUAGCCAUUUCUAAAAAGGCAGAAAAAAGCUCUAAAUUUUUGAUAAAAGUCGGUGCUGACUGCUCCAUUACUUGUGGUAAAAUUGGCACUGCUUUACAUAUAGCAGCUCAGAAUGGUCUAAAUGAAAUCUGUGAUUACCUUAUUACUAAGGGUGUCAAAGUUGACACAAAGAACAGUGAAGGAUUAACACCACUACACAUGGCAGCCAAAGAAGGCCAUAAAGGCUGUUGUGUUGUGCUGUGCAAGAGAAGUAAUUCACCAGAUGUUCCAGAUAAUAAUGGAAUGACAGCUCUCCACCAUGCUGCCAAGGGCAAACAUUCUUCUUGUUGUAAUGUUAUAAUAGAAAAGUAUCCACGUUCUAUUAACUCGAAAGAUAAUUUUGGUAAAACUCCUCUUCAUAUUGCUGUGGAGGCCAAGUCCCUGGAGUGUUGUAAGGUCAUGGUGACACCCAAAGCAGACCUGUGGGCAACAUCGCUUACUGGCAGCCCAAUCAAGAUAGCUUAUGAGGCAGACUCUCACGACAUCUUCAAAUUUCUCUUGGAUAAAGUAGAAGUUAAUAGAAGCCAAGGCAAAAAAGACAUUAAUUUUCAAGAGCUUUUUGAAAAAUCGCUGGAAAAUAAUGACAGGUAAGACACGUGUGUCCGC